AUGACAGACAUGGUCAGCACUCUAGCACAAUCCGACAAGAAACCCGUCUACAGACCAACGGCGCCCUUCAUGAACCGCAUCAUAUACGGUACGAAGCUUUCGGUGGUGCAGUCGUGGUUCUAUCAGAAGGCCAGCUUCGAGUUUUGGAAGUCGUAUUGGAGUCCCCCCGAACAGCGGCCGGACCUGAUUAAGCAGUAUGACUGCAGACCGAACCUGUUGAUACGCAUCUUCUUUCCUUCAGAUUAUGACCAGACGUCCCCCCAAACCCUACCUACCCUGUUCUCCAUCCACGGAGGUGGCUUCUCCAUUGGCGUCCCCGAUGACGACGACGCCUGGAACCGCACCUUUGCCGAUACAAACGGCGCUCUGGUUAUUGCCCUGAAUUACUGGAAAGCGCCGUGGAAGCCCUGGCCCAACGGCCUGCACGACCUCGAGGCGCUGUACCUGGCAGCGGUGCAGGAUGAGUCGCUACCGAUAGACAAAUCCCGUAUCGCCAUCACAGGAUUCAGUGCCGGAGGCAACUUAUCGCUAUGUCUCUCGCAACUGAAGAGCGUCAAAGAGCACCCGACGGCACGACCCUCGGCCGUGCUGCCCAUCUACCCGCCGGUGGACUUUGUUACGCCACCGGAGAAGAAGAAGCAUCGACGGCCGUACAAGAUCGGGUUGCUGCCCGGGAUCAGGGGCGAGCAGCGAGACUUUGUGCUGUCUUUUGCGCCGGUGUUUGACUGGGCAUAUGUCCCUUACGGCACGAACCUCAAGGACCCGCUGCUAUCCCCCGCAUACGCGGAGCGCGGGGACCUGCCGGCGAACGUGUGCAUCGUCGCCGCCGAGCUGGAUUACCUCGCCUGGGAGGCGUGGGACUUUGCGUGCAAGCUGGGCGGGAAGAAGGUCACCUCCGCGACGGUGGGCCGCAAGGAGGUCGCCAAGACGCAGGAGCUGGAGACCAAGGACGAGAGGUUCGGGUGGGAGGUCAGCGACGAGAGGGGUAGCGUCAAGUGGCUGCUCGUCCCGGACGUCAUUCACGCGUUCGACAUGCACGAGAUGGGCGCCAACGUGUCUGACCCCGAGAGCAUCAGGGACGGGAACGCCAAGGCGGUGAAGGUUAUCAAGGUGCUUGGGGACUGGUUGAGGAGUACGGCCUGGUAG